AUGCGUUUCUCCCUUGUUGCCCUCCCCGUCUUCGCCGCCCUCGCAGUUGCCGAGAGCUCUACCUCGCACUCUGCCUCAGAAACUCCCACGUCUACUUCGCGCUCAGCUUCCGUAUCGGCCACGCACAGUGCUAAACCAUCGAAGGCCUCCGCCACCCACAACGCUGCCGCCGGUGUCGCAGCUGGCGAGCUGAGUGGCCUCGCUGCCGUUGUCAUGGGUGUCGCUGCUUGGGCUUUGUAG